AUGGGCAUUGAUCCUGAUGACGUCACCAUUAAAUAUCAGAAGACAACCGACUUUGGUCAAGUAGCCGCACUCUCACGUCUUAUGGAUAAGGAAAGGGCCCAGCCUGAAGAUAUGGUUAUCGCAAAAAUUGAACGGGAUGUUAAUGCGAAUUGUUUAUUCUUUGGUCACAGAAUCGUGAUUCCUCAAGUUUUGCAACAUCGAGUGUUGACCAUGUUACACGAAGGUCAUCCUGGAUCCACUCGCAUGAAAGUGUUAGCGCGCAGCUAUGUGUACUGGCACAACAUCGAUCAAGACAUUGUAGACUUGGUGGGAAGAUGCACAAGGUGUCAGGAGUCAGCUAAAAAUUCUGUUAAAAACGAGUUAAGUUCGUGGCCUAAAACUACGAGCCCCUGGCAACGAAUUCAUAUAGAUUUUGCUGGCCCAUUGAAGGGGAAAAUGUUCCUAGUGGUAGUUGAUGCUUUUUCUAAGUGGCCAGAGAUCAUCGAGAUGACCUCAGCAACUACAGAAGCCACGAUCCUCCAACUACGCAAGAUCUUCGCACAAUUUGGAUACCCAAAUCCGCUCAUUUCGGAUAACGGAACCCAAUUCACGGCUGCAGUGUUCCAAGAAUUUUGUGAAAAACACAACAUCCAACAUGUCAGAUCACCGCCGUUUCACUCGCAAUCGAAUGGACAGGCAGAGCGAUUUGUCGACACAUUUAAAAGAGCAUUGAAGAAAAUGAGAGUAGAGGGAGCUGUAGGCGAAACUUUACAGACAUUCUUGUUUACCUACCGCAGGACGCCAUGUCCAUUCGCACCUAAUCAGCUGUCCCCAGCAGAAAACUUCAUUGGCCGACCUUUAAGAUCGACAUUAGCAAGCCUGAACACCUUUGAAGAUAACACAACGGGAGAAAAAGAUGUGAACAUGGAAGAACAAUGCAGAAAAAAGCAUUGCGCGCUGGAAGUGAUUGACGGUACAUGGAUUCGUCACGCAAACCAGCUUCGCCUUAGGGCACAGUCAGAGGAGGCAGGGAACGUUACGGCAGAGACAGACUUGUGGCAGAUGUUCGAUCUACCAAAAGAUACGAACACCAAAGAGAAAUCAACACCGCAACAUCACGAAACUCAACCGGUCAUGUCUGCCGAAGAGGAGCAGGUGACAACUCCCGUACAAGGGGACGAAUACUUUGCAGUCCCAGCGGAGCGGGAGAAGAAUAACAAUCCUACACCCAUCAUCACGGAAGAGACCAGGGAGGAACAGCAAUUGAUUCCAGGAAAUCAACCUGUAGCCUCUCCCAGUACAACGUGCCUCCGCUCCAGUAGAAUUCCCAGACCAACACCAAGACUAAUAAUCGACCCUCGAAAGCAAACAUACGUUUAA